GGGUCCGGGAGGCGACGGCGCGAUGUUCUCGGCGGGGGCGGAGAGGCUGCUCCACCAGGCCAGGGAGAUCCAGGACGAGGAGCUGAGGAAGUUCUGUUCCCGGGUCAGCACGCUGCUGCAGAAGGAGGACUUGGGGCCCGACACCGCAGAUGCUCUGAGGAGGCUUUUCCUCAUUGUCUCGGCCACAAAAUACAACAGGAAGCUGGAGAAGACGUGCGUGGAUCUGCUGCAGACCACCCUCUGCCUGCCCGCCUGCCCCGAGCAGCUGCAGCUUCUCUGUGCGGCCAUCCUGAGAGAGAUGUCGCCCUGUGACAGCCUGAGCCUGUCCUGUGACCACAUCCAGAGCACGCGGCAGCUGAGCCUGGUGGCCUCCGUGCUCCUGGCCCAGGGCGACCGAAAGCAGGAGGUCAGACGCGUGGGCCAGCGUGUCUUCAAAGUCCUCGAGAGCCGACAGCCCGAGGGGCCCAGUCUGAGACCCCUCCUCCCGGUCGUGUCCAAGGUCGCCAGUCUCGCCCCAGGCACCUUCCAUGAAGACCAGACCAACCUGCUCAGCAAGAGGCUGGUGGACUGGCUCCGCUAUGCCAGCGUCCAGCGGGGGCUUGCCCAUUCUUCUGGAGGCUUCUUCUCCACGCCCAGGGCCCGGCAGCCAGUUCCGGUCACUGAGGUCGACGGGGCUGUGGCCACAGACUUCUUCACGGUGCUGUCCACGGGCCAGCGCUUCACGGAGGACCAGUGGCUGAACGUACAGGCCUUCUCUAUGCUGCGGUCCUGGCUGCUGCUCAGCGGCCCCGAGAGCCCGGGUGCCCCGGACACAGAUGACAAGUCAGAGGGCUCCACCCUGUCCGUGCUGUCGGCCGCCUCCUCCACCAGCCGCCUGCUGCCGCCCCAGGAGCGUCUUCGGGAGAAGGCCUUUGAGUACUGCCAGCGUCUCAUCGAGCAGAGUGACCGGCGAGCCCUGCGGAAGGGGGACUCGGACCUGCAGAAAGCUUGCCUGGUGGAGGCGGUGCUGGUGCUGGACGUGCUCUGCCGGCAGGACCCCGCCCUCCUGUACCGCACCCUCUCCUGCCUGAAGGCCCUGCAGGUGCGGCUGUGUGCGGACCCCGCCUGCGUGCGGGCGCUGCUGCCCCUUGCCCAGUUCUUCCUGAACCACGGGGAGGCAGCGGCCGUGGACUCGGAGGCCGUCCACCAGCACGUGUUCACCAGGGUGCCCGCCGAGCACUUCCACAGCCCGGUGCUGGCCUUCGAGCUGGUCCAGUUCUGCAGGGACAGCCUUCCUCUGCUCGGCAGAAACCUUGGCGUUCUCAGACUGAGCUUCCCCAACCUGUUCAAGCUCCUGGCCUGGAACAGCCCGCCCCUCACCUCCGAGUUCGUGGCGCUGCUCCCGGCGCUGGUGGACGCUGGCACGGCCGAGGAGAUGCUGCACGCGCUGCUGGACCUGCCGUGCCUGACCGCGGCCUUGGACCUGCAGCUCAGGUCGUCACCAGCUGUGUCCGAGAGGCCGCUCUGGGAUGUCUCCCUCAGGAUCCCCAGCUGCCUGGAGGCCUUCCGGGACCCGCAGUUGCAGGGUCUCUUCCAGCACCUGCUGCGCGCCGAGGCCAGGGGGACCGCGGAGAGGUUGGCGCCACUCCACCAGGUGCUGCAGCCCAUGGCCAGCUGUGCCCGGGUGCUCCAGUGUGCCCAGGCAGUGCCCACCCUGCUGCAGGCGUUUUUCUCGGCAGUGACCCAGUUUGCUGACAGGGCCCUGACCAUCCGGCUGGCACGGCUGCUCCUGGAGAGGAGCGACUCGCUGUACCAGGUCCCGGGCUACGAGGCCCGCGUGCACAGGGUGCUGAGUUCCGAGUUCCUGGCCCUGUGCGAGCGGCACCCCUCUCUGGUGGCUGAGCUGGCGAAGGAGCUCCUGGCGUUCGUGGGCAGCGGGAGCGGCAUGCGCAGCGGCGGGAACGUGCUCACCUCUGUGGUGUGGGCCAUCGGCGAGUACGUGUCGGUGAGCUGGGACCGGCGGUGCACCGUGGACCAGAUCAACAAGUUCUUCGAAGCCCUGGAGGCCCUCCUGUUCGAGGUCACCCAUUCCCGCCCCUCGGCCACCCUUCCCAAGUGUCCCCCACAACUCAUCACCGCGCUUAUGACCACGCUGACCAAGCUGGCCUCCCGCAGCCAAGACCUGAUCCCCAGGGUCUCUCUGUUCCUGUCAAAGAUAAGGACCCUGGCCCAGAGCCCAGCCCUGGGCUCCCUGCACGGCCAGGAGGACGCAGGUGCCAUCGGUACACGGGCCACCGAGCUGCUGAACCUGCUGAAGAUGCCCAGCGUGGCUCAGUUUGUGCUCACACCCAGCAUGGAAGUGUCCGAGUCCCGCUAUCACCGCGACACCGUCACAGCCCUGCCGCUGGCCCUGCGCACGGUCAGCCGGCUGGUAGAGAAAGAGGCGGGCCUCCUGCCAGGGUGAGGGACAGCGGCCGGGUUGAUGCCAGCUGGGGCCGCAGAGUAAGAGCCUGGUGCUAGGGCUGCACCAGGGCCUCAAUGGUCGCGAAACCUGGAGGGGCCGAGGCCCAGGAGGAGUCCAGUGGAUCCCAGCCCCUCGGGCUGGUCAAGGCUGUCAGGCUGACCCUGUGAGUGUUGUGUCUGAACCUUGUCUCUCGUCACCAUGCCAAGCUGUGUUGUGAGACAGCCCUGCUUUGUGGCCCUAGGCCUUUUGGGACUGGAUGGGAACUGCAAGAACAGGCUCAGACAAAAUAAAUGUCUUUUGGAAGUAUCUGUGUGCACAGGGCAGGGCUGUUCCCUUCACUCCCCCCACCCCCUGGGGUAGGGCCAGGUACAGACCCCAGCAGACAGGGUCUGUGUGCACAGGGCAGGGCUGUUCCCUUCACUCCCCCCACCCGCCCCCCAGGGUAGGGCCAGGUACAGACCCCAGCACACAGCCCACAGCUGCUUCCUCCCCAGGACACUGUUCGAUGCUUCUGGGAGAGUGGUC